GAACGGUUGGUGGGGGACUGACGACUCAGUGGAGAAAAGAAAUGGCGAUGCUCGGAGGAUUUAGCGCAGCACCGCACAAGAAAAAUCUCUCCGAGGGCAGCGGCGACGUGUCAGAAUUCGUCUGUCCAGUCUGUCUUGAAAUCUUCGAGAGUCCCGUAACAACACAAUGCGGCCAUACGUUCUGCCAGAGUUGUUUGCAGGAGUGUUUGCGUCCACAGAAGCCCGUUUGCGCUGUAUGUCGCGCUGGGCUGGGCCACUGGACUAAAGCUGCUGAUCUUGAAGCUGUUAUCCAAUCAUCUGCGGCAUCUUGUAAGGGAUGUGGAGCUCAGGUUGGCCUUUCCCAGAUGAGAAGCCACACAGCUGCUUGUUCAAAAUACCAGGAGUACAUUGAGGAGGGAGUGAGGACCACUGCCCAGAGCCAGCCUACCAUCAUCAGUCCGGUGCCAAAUCGCUACACCUUCACCUGCCCGUACUGUAACUGCCAGAACCUUGAUCAGGACGGCCUGGUUGAACAUUGCACUUCCCAUCAUGCUCGAGACACACGCCAAGUGGUGUGCCCCAUCUGUGCCUCAAUGCCCUGGGGGGACCCUAACUACAGGAGUGCCGACUUUUUCCAGCACCUGAAGAUCAGACACACCUUCUCAUACGAUACCUUUGUUGAUUACUCGACAGAUGAGCACACGAUGAUCCAGGAGGCUCUACAGCGCUCUCUUUUGGACAACUGAAGUGUGAGGAACAAUCCACCAGGAAGAGGAAUCUAGUGAAGUGAAUGGGGGAUGGUGAUGUGAAGUCUUGAGAAGACUGAACAACACACUGUAUCAACAUUCAUGGUGAUACUGUAUAACUAAGGGUAAUCACUUUCACAGGGAAUUGGUCUUGUUGCAUAAAUCUAUAGGUUUAUUAUUCAGAAAAUUAAAUCACGCAAUAUGGUUAAAAACAAUCAUAUUGUACCAUCUGGUUUAGGAGUGAUUCUGUGUUUCUGGUGUGAUAAUCUUUUAUCUCCCCCAGUUGAGUCUGUAGACUUGAUAGUUUGUUGAUUAUCUAUUAAACUAUGUUUGUUAAAGCAGUUUGUUCAUUAAUGACAAGGUGUCAUAUAGCCAAAAACUUCCAAAGUUGUAAUUAAAUUCCCCUGUUGUCAAUACUUGAUGUUAUAAGAGGGUUCGACCACUAGGUGGCUAACUAUUGCCAGCAGACGACAAGCUUCACUCAGCGAUGUUGUCAAGUAAUCUGAACAAUAAUAUAUAAUAAUCUAUUGCAUGUUCUCUCUCAACAAAGGAGAGGUAGAUUUUUUGUUUGUUUUUGUAUUUGAGUUUAUUAGCAGAUGGAAGCUCUGUCUUUUUUAUGCUGUUUCUGGGAAAAGUUUGUCUGAGAGAGCGUGUGUGUUCAUUCUGUUUUCAGAGAUCUACUGGAACGAAUAAAUAAUAUGAGGGUCGAACAAAGCCAGAGAGGGCUGUUUGCUUUAUUGUAAUGUUUCUCCCUUAUGUCUUUGUGCCUGCUGGUAGAUCUUGUUUCCUGACUUCCAAAACUCAUAGGGCUAAUAGUUCAUCCAGUGAACCAAAAGAUGCAAGUAGGAGACCAUCAGUGUGUCAUUAAUCGGUCAGUUCUGUGGGUUGUUUUUUUGCCUGUGUGUGUGUUUUGUUUUUUGUUUCUUUCUCAUUUUGGUGAGAAUUUCUUUGCAUGUUCACGGCCAUUAGGGGGCAGUAGAGUUCCACCUUUCUCUGGUGAUCCAUGAUCGGCCCUCACCAUCCUCCUGGCUCUGUUGCAAGACAUAAUUCAACACAGAUUUCAUUCUAUAAAUGUGCUUUACUCAAUGCAUUGUUCAAAUGCAGCACAGACAAUGUCACUGAUCUUUAGAAACCAAGGUUUUAUUGGGGUUAUUUGUUGUACUUUUAACAGAAUAAAACCACAGCUUUGCUUUUAGACGGUUGACGACGAACAGGACUUAAGAUUUUCAAUGUAACGUACUGUACUGUGUAUAUUUCAUGCCCAGUGUCUUGGAUACUUCAGCACAAAAGACAAAAAAAAUAAAAAAUCCACUUUGUUUUGCUGGCUUUCAUAUUUUUGGUAAUGUCACUGCCAACAGUUCUGAAAAAAAAAAAAAAAAUCAACAUAGUUAUAAUUUGUAUGCUUCCAUACCUGAAAGCAUGUGGAGUAUUGAGAAAAAAAAUUCAGUUUGACUUCGCUCGAUUUAUACUGGAUGUUUUUAUUGUAAUUCUUCAAAUGUGAAUUGUGUCUCUUAUUUUACAUCUGUGUUGUUUUUUCCAUGGACUUGUAAUUGUCAGAAAUCAAACACAUCACAUUAGUGCAAGACUUUGCACUCAGUUGCAUUAUUGCAUUUGUCUUCUACCAACAGGUAAAUAAACUUAAUACACCCAGAUCAAGUAGCUCUAGAGCAAAACCUUAAUGCCUUUUCACAUAGUCUUUGGUGCCACUUAGCCCUAGAUGUUCAUCUUUUCUCUCCAAUAAAAAUGUGUAAUAAUUUUGUAUAUGUA